UCAAUCUACCGGAAGUGGUAAUCAUCUUUCGGCUGUCAUGGCUGAGAAAAGGAAUGUUUGGGGGCUACCACUGUUGUUUUUAUUGAUAGCUGUGUCUCUCUUGCACUUAUUUAUCUGUCCGUUCACUAAAGUCGAGGAGAGCUUUAAUUUACAAGCGGUGCACGACAUUUUGUACCACAGACUUGACUUUGACAAGUAUGACCAUCAUGAGUUCCCCGGGGUCGUGCCACGGACUUUCCUUGGUCCCGUCUUCCUUUCCCUAAUCAGCUCCCCUGUCGUGUUUUUGUCCUCCCUGCUGGAUGCACCGAAAUUCUACACUCAGCUCACAGUCCGAGCUUCGCUGGGCUUGUGUGUCAUUGGUGCACUGUGGCACAUGCAGAGGGAGGUGAGGAGGCAGUUUGGCUCCACAGUUGCGGGGCUCUUCUGUCUGAUGUGUGCGUCCCAGUUUCACCUAAUGUUCUACAGCACCAGGACACUGCCUAAUGUGUUUGCACUGCCAAUAGUUCUUGUAGCAUUCACAUCUUGGAUUGCUCAAAAGCAUGGCCGCUUCAUCAGCCUCUCUGCUCUAGCCAUCAUAGUGUUCCGGUCGGAGCUCUGCAUCUUCUUGGGUCUCAUGUUACUGAUAUCACUGUUGAGUAAGAGGCUUGGACUGAUGCAGCUACUUUACUAUGCUGUCCCUGCUGGAAUCAUGUCACUAGCCUUAACAGUGGCCAAUGACUCCUUCUUUUGGAGGAAGCUUUUGUGGCCUGAAGGUCAGGUUCUGUGGUACAACACUGUUCUUAACAAAAGUUCCAACUGGGGAACCUCUCCCUUUUUGUGGUACUUUUACUCUGCUGUGCCCCGAGCUCUGGGCUGCACUCUGCUCUUCGUCCCCCUCGGCCUCCUUGACAGGCGGAUGAGGCUGCUUCUGCUUCCCACCGUGGGCUUCAUCCUCAUCUACUCCCUGCUGCCCCAUAAGGAGAUGCGCUUCAUUAUAUACACUUUCCCUGUGCUCAGUUUGGUGGCUGCUAGAGGCUCAUCUUUCAUCUUAUGCAACUACCAGAAAUCCUGGAUGUAUAAACUGGGCUCUGUGUUUGUGGUUGGACAGCUGAUGACCAAUGCAGCGUACACAAGUAUUUGUCUUUAUGUUUCCCACCACAACUACCCAGGGGGCCGGGGAAUGCAGGAACUACACAGGCUUCUCCCAGACAAAGCGGAUGUCUUUGUUCAUAUCGACACCUAUGCAGCUGAAACUGGAGUAUCUCGAUUUUUGGAGCUGAACACAAACUGGAGGUAUGAUAAACGUGAGGACCUCAGCCUUACAAAUCCUGAGGUAAAAUUGUACUCUCACCUACUGAUGGAGGCUAAUGUAACAAAGAUAAAGCUACUCCAGGACACUCAUCAUCCUCUGGCCUUCAUAGAAGGUUACAGCAGCAUUGCCUUCAACUUGUUCCACCUCCCUCCGGUCACAGUGCGGUUAGAGAGAAAAAUUGUGCUGAUGGAGAGAAGAGCUGUGCUGAUGGAGAGAAGAGCUGUAAGCGGUUAGCAAAAAGCGUGAAUGUAUAGGAAUGGUUUGUUGAUGAACAAAUGUUUUGGGUUUUAUGAACGACUACAAAACACCAGACCAAAGGUAAAAUGGAUUGUCAAGGUUUUUUUUUCCUGAUAUGAAAAGUAACCUGCCUGUUAUUCAUGACAUUCCACUAGGGUUUGUGUCGUCAAGUGAUACACAAGUAAAUUCAUAUAAUGCAUGACCUUUCUUCAUGAUGGUUAAAAUGGGUAAUAUUUAACAUUUUCUCAAACAAGCUUUGAAUUACUUUUGCAUAAGAACAGGAACAACAAUUAAUCUUGCAUUCAAGGAGAAACUAUUUGACAGGAAAUGUAUAUUCUGUACAUCUGAUAGUAGUUUGUAUAUUUUUUGUAGAUACACCUUUUCAGAUAAAUAAAACAGAGUGUUUGAAAUGUAA